AUGAGUGCGGCGGUGACCGCAGGGAAGCUGGCGCGGGUCCCGGCCGACACGGGGAAGCCCGGGGUCCCCGGAGCUGCGGCUCCGGGCCCGACGGCUGCGGUGCCGCCGGCCAAGGAGAUCCCGGAGGUCCUGGUGGACCCGCGCAGCCGGCGGCGCUAUCUGCGGGGUCGCUUCCUGGGCAAGGGAGGCUUUGCCAAGUGCUUCGAGAUCUCGGAUGUGGACACCAAGGAGGUGUUCGCCGGGAAGAUCGUGCCGAAGUCGCUGCUGCUCAAGCCGCACCAGAAGGAGAAGAUGUCCAUGGAGAUUUCCAUUCACCGCAGUCUCGCCCACCUACACGUCGUCGGCUUCCACGGCUUUUUCGAGGACAACGACUUCGUGUUCGUGGUCCUGGAACUCUGCCGCCGGAGGUCCCUGCUGGAGCUGCACAAGCGGAGGAAAGCGCUGACGGAGCCCGAGGCCCGCUACUACCUGCGGCAGAUCGUCCUUGGCUGCCAGUAUCUGCACCGCAAUCGAGUCAUUCACCGGGACCUCAAGCUGGGCAACCUCUUUCUGAACGAAGAUCUGGAGGUGAAAAUAGGGGAUUUUGGACUGGCCACCAAAGUUGAGUAUGACGGGGAGCGGAAGAAGACACUGUGUGGGACUCCCAACUACAUCGCUCCUGAGGUGCUGAGCAAGAAAGGGCACAGUUUCGAGGUGGACGUGUGGUCCAUUGGGUGCAUCAUGUAUACUUUGUUAGUGGGCAAACCGCCGUUUGAGACGUCCUGCCUAAAAGAGACCUACCUCCGGAUCAAGAAGAAUGAAUACAGCAUUCCUAAGCACAUCAACCCCACGGCGGCCUCCCUCAUCCAGAAAAUGCUUCAGACCGAUCCCUGCGCUCGCCCGACCAUUAGUGAGCUGCUGAACGACGAGUUCUUUACUUCGGGUUAUAUCCCUGCCCGGCUGCCCAUCACCUGCCUCACCAUUCCACCCCGGUUCUCCAUCGCUCCCAGCAGCCUGGACUCCAGCCACCGGAAACCUCUCACAGUCCUCAAUAAAGGCAUGGAGAACCCUGUGCCCGAACGUCCCCGGGAAAAAGAGGAGCCAGUGGCUCAGGAGAUGGGUGAGGCAGUUGACUGCCACCUCAGUGACAUGCUACAGCAGCUACAUAGCGUCAAUGCCACUAAGCCCUCGGAACGGGGGCUAGUGAGGCAAGAGGAGGCUGAGGAUCCCGCCUGCAUUCCCAUCUUCUGGAUCAGCAAGUGGGUGGACUAUUCAGACAAAUAUGGCCUCGGAUAUCAGCUGUGUGACAACAGUGUGGGGGUGCUCUUCAAUGACUCGACCCGCCUCAUCCUCUACAAUGACGGGGAGAGCUUGCAGUACAUUGAGCGGGACGGCACAGAGUCCUACCUCACCGUCAAUUCCCACCCCAACUCCUUGACGAAGAAGAUCACACUCCUUAAGUAUUUCCGGAAUUACAUGAGCGAACACUUGUUGAAGGCUGGUGCCAACAUCACGCCACGGGAAGGGGAUGAGCUGGCCCGGCUACCCUACCUGCGGACCUGGUUCCGUACCCGCAGCGCCAUCAUCCUGCAUCUCAGCAAUGGCUGUGUGCAGAUCAACUUUUUCCAGGACCAUACUAAACUCAUCCUGUGCCCGCUGAUGGCGGCGGUGACCUACAUCAACGAGAAGCGGGACUUCCGCACGUACCGCCUGAGCCUCCUGGAGGAGCACGGUUGCUCCAAGGAGCUGGCCAGCCGCCUGCGCUACGCCCGCACCAUGGUGGACAAGCUGCUGAGCUCCCGCUCGGCCACCAACCGCCUCAAGGCCUCCUCAUAGGACUCCCUCCCUUCGGACUGGUGCCCCUCUCCCCUCCCACCAGCACCCCGGGCCUACACUGGUUCACACGCCUCCCAGCCCCGGGGGCCAAGGAAAGCGGGACACCAUCCUUGCAGGUGGGGGCGGUUUUGUAAAUUAUUUUUUCACGUGUCCAGGUGUGGGUCCCAUAGCCACUUCCCUUGCGCCUCCCCUAUGAAUUGUACAGAUGAUUUCUAUUGAAUUUUGGACUGCCCUAUCCUUUGCUUUAUAUACAUUAAAUCUAUGUGAAUCUUC